UGCCAACAGCUCGGGCACGGCAGAAAAAGGAAAUUAAAGACCACCCCACCGUCUGUUUUGGCUGCCCACGCCCUCCAUCCUGCAGCUCCCUCUCCUCCCCGCUGCUGGGGACCCCCACGGAUGUGGCUCUUCCACCUUUCCAUAUUCGCUUCCCAUUUCGUCCAUCCGGCGGCCCAGAGGUGCUGCCGAGGAGGGCUCUGCCCUGCCCAGCGCACCUGGAGGCGGGGGUUUGGGGUACCUGUGCCAGCCAGCGCCGCGGUGCUCCUGGGGUCCGCUCGCCAGUGACCCUCCCGCGGGGUCAGAGUCACGCCGGAGCCAGCCGUGCUCCUCAUCCCGCGAGCAAGGCCGGCUAUAAAAAGCCCGCGGGCUCGCCAUCCCAGCCUUUCUCCCGGCCCGGCCUGCGGGACGACCGCAUCCCUCAGGGCUGUAAUUUCCCAGGUUUAUAUUUAGCCCAGCACGGGUAUAAAAAGGGGAACCGGYCGCGCUCUCCCGAGGCUGCCGGAGCCAUGGACACAUCGUACCAGCGGGACGAGCGGUGGCCCCCAAAGCGGGUGCCAUCCCCCGCCGMCUCCGCGCCCCGCGACCACCUCGUCUGGGCCAUCUUCAACACCCUCUACAUGAAUUUCUGCUGCCUGGGCUUCGUGGCGCUCGCCUACGCUGUCAAGGCGCGGGACCGGAAGGUGUCCGGGGACGUGGAAGCSGCUCGGCACUUCAGCUCCAAGGCGCGGUGUUACAACGCGCUGGCCACGGCGGGCAGCGUGCUGCUGCCGCUGCUGCUCGGCGCCCUCAUCGUCACCGGCGUCCUCCACCUCUCCAAGCUGGCCCAGGAGUCCGUGGGCUUCUUYACCUACCAGUUCAGCGGCACCGACGAGGAUCAGUGACCCGGGGGGGUGAAGGGCUGCUGGAGCCUCCUCUGCGUCGCUGGUGGCUCCCCCAAAAAAGCCACCGCCCCUCUCUGCCGCCUCGCUCCCCCCGCGCUUUGAGGGCAGAGUUAUUUUGUUUGUCCUGUGGUUUUUUUUACCUCCCGUUAUCCCGUGUGAAGUCCCAGCUUCCGUGGUCUGUAUUUAAAUCAUUAAACG